CCGGCCGUCGCCGGCCUUUGCGUGAGCGUCGCCCCCUCCGUGCCCGUGGACCCCCGUCGCGCCGGGCCAUAUGGCCUCCGAGGUGCCGUCCCAGCCGCCGUCGCCUUCGUCGUCGCCACCCACUUCCCCCGAGCCGGAACUGGCCCAGCUGAGGCGGAAGGUGGAGAAGUUGGAACGCGAGCUGCGGAGCUGCAAGCGGCAGGUGCAAGAGAUCGAGAGGCUGCUGCACCACACGGAGCGGCUGUACCAGAGCGCCGAGAGCAACAACCAGGAGCUCCGCACCCAGGUGCGCGGUCCGCCGCCAGCCCCGCGCCCCGGCCAGCCCCAGGCGAGGCCUUCCGAGCCGCUGCCUAGCCUCCAGCGCCUGCAUGAUUAUUAUUAUCAGACAUACUAUAAGGAUGUUAGUCUUUCAAAUAAAACAACUGAAUUCUCAGCUCAACCAGGUCAGGAUACUGAAGCUUCUACUUUUAAGUCUAACGAGCAGAUACAAAUAGAAAAUGAUGCUUACACUAGCAGUGAUACCACAGAGAAUGUUCAGUGUGGACAAGAAGAUCAUCUCUCCUCCACUACACAGGAAAAUCAACUAUAUUAUGAUCCUUCCACUGGGAUUUAUUACUAUUGUGAUGUGGAAAGUGGUCGAUACCAGUUUCAUUCUCGAGUAGAUCUUCAACCAUAUCAGACUUCUAGCACAAAACAAAGUAAAGAUAAAAAAUUGAAGAAGAAAAGAAAAGAUCCAGAUUCUACACCAAGUGAAGAAAAGGAUUUGAAUUUAGAAGAUCAAAAAGCAUCCAGCAUUGAACAUUUAAGCUGCAAUGAGGGAGAAGAUUUGGCAAAUGUGAAAAAGAAGGCCAAAAGAGACAUUCAUUAUAAAAGGAGUGCUCCACAAUUCCCUGUCCCAGUUCAUGGAAAUAGUAUUGAAUCUCCUUUAAACGAGAAUACCUAUAAUGCGACUUCAUAUAAAGAUGUGAAAAUCAUAGAGACUGAUAGUGAGCCAGAAGAAGGUGAAAUUACAGACUCUCAGAGUGAGGACAGUGCUGAUGAGGACAUUACCAGUGACGACAGUGUGACAGCCGAGGACACGGAGGAUGAAGAUGAAGAGAAAAUUUGGCCCCCGUGUAUCAGAGUCAUUGUUAUUAGGUCACCAGUGCUGCAGAUAGGAUCACUUUUUAUCAUUACAGCUGUAAACCCUGCUACAAUUGGAAGAGAAAAGGAUAUGAAGCAUUCUCUUCGAAUCCCUGAAGUGGGUGUCAGUAAGUUUCAUGCAGAAAUUCAUUUUGACCAUGACUUGCAAAGUUAUGUCCUUGUAGAUCAAGGCAGUCAAAAUGGCACAAUUGUUAAUGGAAAACAGAUACUUCAGCCAAAAACGAAAUGUGAUCCAUACGUACUUGAGCAUGGAGAUGAAGUGAAAAUUGGAGAGACUGUAUUGUCCUUUCACAUUCACCCUGGCAGUGAUACCUGUGAUGGCUGUGAGCCAGGGCAGGUGAGAGCUCACCUGCGCCUGGAUAAGAAAGAUGAAUCUUUUGACGAAGAUGAAAAGGCAUUGAAGAAUCCAAAAUAUAAAGACAGAGCUGGGAAACGGAGGGAGCAGAUUGGGAGUGAAGGGACGUUCCAUAGAGACGAUGCCCCUGCGUCUGUGCAUUCUGAAAUCACUGACAGCAACAAAGGCCGCAAGAUGUUGGAGAAGAUGGGUUGGAAAAAAGGAGAGGGCCUAGGAAAGGAUGGUGGAGGAAUGAAAACACCGAUUCAGCUUCAGCUCCGGCGAGCGCAUGCAGGCUUGGGGACAGGGAAGCCAUCCUCGAUUGAAGAUGUGCACCUUCUCCAAAACAAGAGCAAAAAGAACUGGGACAAAGCCCGAGAGCGGUUCGCCGAAAACUUCCCAGAAACUAACCCUCCAAAAGAGGCACCAGGAUCCGUGCCUUGGGUCAAAGGGAGUAUCGAGUGAAGGCCAAGCAGAACAAAUUCAGACUUUUCCAAAGAGUUUGGAAACACCCACUUCGACAGGCGUCAGUGGCACCAGGGAACCAUGGCAUAAUUUACACCCUCAGGACACAAAGUGUGUAAUAAAUACGGUUUUAUUAUAUUGGUAAA